AUGACCACGCCCUCUGAUGGCGAGCCCCAGAACGCAGCAGCCUUUCAGGCCUCUGAUCCGUCCAUAGACGAAGCUGAGCAGUGUCUGGAUACCUUCAGGUCCAUCUAUCUGCCGGCCUUUCCGUGCCUGUAUAUCCCGCCCACGAUGGACGCAAUGACGCUGCGCGCACAGAAACCUUUUCUCUGGCUUUGCAUCAUGGCAGUCACUCUACCCUUCCCGGCUCGGCAGCUGGCCCUCAGCGAAAGGGCCAGGGCGUACAUCUCGCAGAGGCUUGUCAUCGCUCAGGAGCGCAACAUGGAUCUUCUUCAGGGGUUGAUCGUAUUCAUUGGCUGUCUACGAUCUUCACCUUCACAGGUCUGGGAGUCAGGCAAAUCUCGUCUUGUCCUGCUUCAAGGUCGCCAGAAAUUCAUUCGAGAAACCCCCGACGCCUCGCAAUCCGACCAUGGAAGAGCGCCGAGCCACAUUCUGCGUCUUCAUCCUGAACUCAAUUGUGAGACCUUGCGGUGGACAAGCCUAAUGGACGAGAGCGCUCGUGUCUUGGACGAGAACCCAGAGUGGCUUGGGGAUCGUGUUCUAGUCCUCCAGGCCAAGCUUCAACUCGUCAUGGAACAGUGCACACAGGCCGACCGACUGGCACAGGAGGAUGGCGUCCGAGUCAGCGCCAUGGGUGCCCGCUAUCAUGAAGCGCUCGCUGCUCGAAUCGGAGAGAUAGAACGCUCCAUAUCUCUAGAACUUCGUCAAUUGAAUUCUGUCGUCGGGCCGUUGAGCACAGCCAAGCUGUUGGUCGCGGAUGCGUGUGUGUCUAGCACGCCGCUCACUUCCCCCAACCUGGUCAACUUGGAUCGCCUGGCCAACCUCGAGCAAUGUCUCCAGUCCAUCAAAACAUUCUUCGAUAGUCUUCUGACCGUUCCCAUGUCACAGUAUCCUGGCUUCUCCUUCCAGGACUUUAUACACAUGGUCCAGAUGCAAGUCUCCCUGUUCGGGCUGUCCAUGCUCAGGGAGCCAGGAUGGGAUCUCUUGGCGGUUCGGCGUUCUGUCAAUCUUCUCGAUUACACAGACCGCAUCAUCAGCAAGAUUGCCGAGGUUCCGAGAACGAGGGGUAUUAUUGUCGAUGAAGAAAACCUCGACAUAUUUACACGGACGACGCGGAUCCUUGGCAAUAUGCGCGCGUCUUGGGCGGCCGAGAUGAACAAGAGCGACGCCCCCGUUGUCCAGUCGGCGCCCGUACCAGAAGCGGCGGAGACCUUUCCGGACCCUGUAGCUGCCGAGGCUCCUGACUUCACGAACAUUCUUCUUUCCGACGACACCACAUGGCUCAAUGAUCUGUUAAUGCCGUGGGACGAGGGAACGUUUGGUCUCUAG